AUCUCCAACCAAACAAACGACUCGCGCGAAGACAGGCCGACCAGUCGACGACCAAAACACCACAGCUGAAAGCACACAGCUUCACGUCGCACAUCGCAAUCAUUCUCCGAAUUCUGCGUCUGCAUUGGCGCGCCGUCGUGCUCUACACCUUUUAUGCUCGUUAUAUUGCUCAAUUGACUUAUCAUCCAGGGCAGCUAGAAUACAAUCCCACUGUUCCACCGUCCUCAUCCAGUUCCAAGAGCUCAUCAACCACAACACGGAUGACAUCGAAUAUCUGAUCAUCGCCAACUGGGUGAUUGACACAAGUGGAAAUGGCCGCUCACGACCCCAGCAAGCAAGGGCUCCUGGGCUCCACGUCCACCGAACAUCACGCCGACUACUCCUCCGACUCCGACGCCAACGUCAACAACACCCCCGAGUAUCCCACCCGUAGACAACGACAACAGCGAAAACGACGCACCCAACUCACUAACCGAACACCAUCCUUCCAACCCCUACCCACCCGCAAAUCAUGGCUAGCUAGACGCAGCAGGUGCUGCCUCAUCUUCGCCGCCUUCGGGCUCAUCUUAUUCGUCAUCCUCCUCGUCGGGGGAGGUCUAGGAUACAAGGCCGUCCUCCAAGAACCUCCCUACGGCCUCUCACCACCAUGGUAUCCUUCUCCAAAGGGUGGCAUAGCCGGCACCUGGUAUGAAUCCUAUCAAAAGGCCGCCAAACUGGUAUCCAAAAUGACCCUAGCUGAGAAGGUGAACAUCACCACCGGCGUCGGCUGGCAAAUGGGUCUAGCAGUCGGCACCACCGCCCCGGCCAUCCACGUCGGCUUUCCCGCCUUGCAGCUGCAGGACGGACCGCUAGGGAUCCGAAACGCAGAUAACAUCACCGCUUUCCCGGCCGGAAUCACCGUCGGCGCGACCUGGAACCGCCAACUGAUGUACGCCCGCGGCAAAGCGCACGCCAUCGAAGCUCGCGCAAAGGGGGUAAACGCCAUCCUAGGCCCCUGCGUCGGUCCGCUAGGUCGCAUGCCAGCCGGCGGUCGCAACUGGGAGGGUUUCGGCUCGGACCCCUACCUGCAGGGCAUAGCGGGGGCUGAGACGAUCAAAGGGAUCCAGUCUGAGGGGGUGAUGGCGACCGUCAAGCAUUUUAUUGCUAACGAGCAGGAACACUUUCGUCAGCCGUGGGAGUGGGGACUGCCGAAUGCUAUUAGCUCGAAUGUGGAUGAUAGGGCGAUGCACGAGUUGUAUGCCUGGCCCUUUGGCGAUGCGGUCAAGGCGGGCGUGGCCAGUGUCAUGUGCUCGUAUAACAUGGUCAAUAACAGCUAUGCCUGUGGAAACAGUAAGUUGUUGAAUGGCAUACUAAAAGAUGAGCUGGGGUUUCAGGGGUUUGUGAUGAGUGAUUGGUUGGCUCAACGAGCGGGCGUGAGUACGACGUUGGCGGGGCUGGAUAUGACGAUGCCGGGUGAUGGACUGAGGUGGGCGAACGGCCAGAGUCUGUGGGGGAAGGAGUUGAGUAGGGCGGUGCUGAACGGGAGUGUCCCGGUGGAGAGGAUGGAUGAUAUGGCGACGAGAGUGGUGGCCGCUUGGUAUCAGAUGGGUCAGGAUGACGAGGAGAAGUGGCCGAGGGAUAAGGGGCCGAACUUUUCGAGUUGGACGAGGGAGAAGAUGGGGGUUAUGAGCCCGGGGAGUCCGACGGAACAGGAGGAGGUGGUGGUUAAUCAGUUUGUGGAUGUGCAGGCGAAUCACUCGGUUAUUGCGAGGCAGGUGGCGGCUGAGGGGACCGUGUUGCUGAAAAAUGAGGGUGCUGUCUUGCCUCUCACCCGAGAAGGAGUACGCAAACGCCAGAACACCAACACCACCUCUGACAAGCUCAAGAUCGGCAUCUUCGGUGAAGACGCCGGCCCCAUCCCCGGUGGUCCCAACUCCUGCAAAGACCGCGGCUGCAACCAGGGCACCCUAGGGUCCGGCUGGGGUUCGGGAGCAGUCGAAUUCCCUUAUCUCGUCACGCCUAUCGAAGCUCUCCGCAAGCAGUUCGAUUCGUCAAAGGUUGAGCUGCACGAGUACCUAUCCAACCAAUUCCCUGCAUCAGCCUCCGAGAAGGCGGUGGUCCAAGACCUCGACCUCUGCCUCGUCCUCGUCAACGCCGACGCCGGCGAGGGCUUCACGGCGUGGGAAAACGUCCGCGGCGACCGACCUGAUUUGUUCCUGCAGAAGAACGGCGACUUGCUCAUUCAACAGGUAGCAGCCAAGUGCGGCGGCGGGUUCAGCGAUGUUGUGGUUGUCAUUCAUGCUGUCGGACCGGUGGUUAUGGAACGCUGGGUUGACCUGCCGCAAGUCAAAGCCGUUUUGUUCGCUAACCUUCCCGGUGAGGAGUCCGGCAACGCUUUGGUCGACGUGCUGUUCGGCCAUGUCAAUCCUAGUGGACAUCUCCCAUUUACCAUUGGCAAAUCGCUGCAAGACUAUGGCCCAGGCGGACAGGUCCUGUACCUCCCCAACGGCGUCGUUCCUCAGCAGGACUUCACCGAAGGGUUGUAUGUCGAUUAUCGCUGGUUUGACAAGCACGAUAUCACCCCGCGCUUCGAAUUCGGGUUUGGACUGAGUUACACCUCGUUCGAACUCGGUAACGCCACGGUCAAGACCGUCAGGCCCAAAUCUGCCCUGCCUUUCCCUCGUCUUGAUCCGCUUGUGGAACCUCCCACGUAUCCGACUGAUAUCCCGCCGGUCGAGGAUGUUCUAUGGCCCAAGGAGGGAAUCAGGAAGUUGGAGAAGUAUAUCUACCCUUACCUCUCCGCAGAUGAAGCACACAGCGCUGUGUCUGCGAGGCAGGAUGGAAAGAAAUACCCUUACCCUGACGGGUACGACACUCCCCAGCCUUUGAGUCAAGCAGGCGGUGACGAGGGUGGAAACCCCGAUCUCUGGCAGGUUAAAGCCAAGGUGACAGUUGAUGUGCGGAAUACGGGCAAGGUUGCUGGCGCUGUGGUGCCGCAGCUGUACCUCUCUUACCCCGAAUCAGGUUCCGCUGUUUCUAAUCAAACGUUGGACUUCCCCGUCAGGGUACUAAGGGGGUUCGAUAAAGUUUACUUGGAGCCGGGAGAAUCGAGACAGGUGGAGUUUAACUUGACGAGGCGAGAUCUGAGCUAUUGGGAUGUUGGGGUGCAGAAUUGGGUGAUGGUCAUGGAGGGGCAGUAUACUUUCCAUGUUGGACUGAGUAGUAGGGACUUGCCGGUGGAUGUUAGAUGGUAAGGGGAGGAUUAGAUUGGCAACAACGGUGAAUCAUGCCGAUUGCUUGGAUGAUGUUAUGUGGUUUUGGCUUCUUUGGGUAUGUGGUUCUUCGAGCGAGUGAUCGUUUGGUUCGUUUCUGUGGAUGUACUGUGAUACACAGAUAUAGGUAGCAUAGCAACCUUGGUUGCUGGUUUCCGUGUUACCUUAACUUUCUAUUAUCUUUCUUUUCUCCAGUUGUACGGAUAAAUGACAACGACUCUCGACACUCCAAAAGUCCUAUGGACCAUUACCACACUAACACACUGACAAACACAGCACAGGAGCCAAGAUGCCAGCCGUCACCGC